UGUUGGAUGAUGACGUGGACACAUCUUAUACCGUUCGAUUAGGAGUGGAGUAGUAUUCUCAGUUGAGUACACGUGCUGCUAUCCUCUCUCUCUUCACCACUCCCUCUUUUUUAUCUUUGCUUCCAUGCAUGGAUUUCUCCUCCAAAUAUAGUCAAGUAGAGAGAAGAGAGAGAAUUCAUCUCUCUCCCUAUUUUUCUCCUCUCUUCCCUUCUUCUUCUUCUUCUUCGCCAUCAUUGCCAACAAAGAUUUCCAAAUUUUGUGGGCACUCCAAGAACCUCAGUGCAAAAGGGUACCCUGAUGCAGCUUUUCGCACUUUCACAUCAAUAAUCUGAUCUGGGUCUCUUCGGUUGUACUUUUCUUCUUCUCUGAUUGGUGUCACGAGAUCGAUGAAUUCAGCAUUCCUGGACUCUCUCUGAUUCGGCCUCCAAUCAACGGCCUACCCUUUUGCUUCACUGAUCCGUGACCGAAUUCAAUGGAAGGAGAUCAAAUUCAAGAAUUCAAACACGCGUGCAAGUUCUGCGGCAAGUGCUUCCCUUGUGGCAGAUCCUUGGGGGGCCACAUGAGGUCUCAUAUCACCAACUUGUCGUCGGAGGAAAAAGAAAAGCUUCCGACGAGGAAGCUUUUUUCGUCGUCUCUCAACAAUGAUGGAGACAAAGAUUCCGAAGCUGCUGCAACCAACGCUGGCUAUGGCCUCCGAGAGAACCCCAAGAAGACUUGGAGAAUCUCGGAUCAUUCGAGCGAAGACGCUUUGGUGUUUGACAAGUUCUGCAAAGAGUGUGGCAAAGCGUUCCACUCUUGGAAGGCCUUGUUUGGUCACAUGAAAUGCCACUCCGAGAAAGAGAGAGCUUCUGACAGCUUGGAAGAUCAAGAUUCGUGGACUAAUGCUAAGGUGGUCAUGGAUAGUCAGUCUGAUAACGAAGCAACUGCUCCAAAUAAGAGAAGAAGGUCCAAGAGAAGAACAAGGUACACGGUUGCUUCUGCCGCAGCAACUUCUUCGGUUGUGUCUUUUGCCAAUCCUUCCUCUUCUCUCUCUGAAGUUGAGCAGGAGCAAGAAGAGGUUGCUAUGAGCUUGAUGAUGCUCAGUAGGGAUGUGAGUCCUUGGAGUGGUCCUCAUUCUGUUGCCGAGUCCUCUGACAACAACUCUGCUUAUUUCGAAGCUCGAUCUUCGGUUCGAACUAAUCUGGUUGCCAAAUUUGAUGGCAGCACUGACUUCACGCCUAACACGGCAAGAAUGAUCAAGCAAAGUGAUAAUAAGUGGGAGGUUGGGAAUUCGGAAAAUCCCAGCUCAAUCAGAGGAAAGAGUUCGCAGCGUUUGACUACUACUGCUGCUACUGUGGAGACUACUGAAAAUGGAUUUGGAGCGAACAAAAGCGGAGUUUCUAGUAAAGGAUAUGAAAAGGUCAACAACUCUGAGCUUCAAUAUGUGUCUGCAUUGGAGGAUUCAGAAGGGGAACGUGGGAGGAGCAGAGUCAAUGAACCAGAAUCAAUUUUAUCAAAGUCCGCUGCUACCGGCAACAAGUACAAUUCGAUCAAGACAAAGCUUAUCGGCUCUGAAUUGAAGUCAAACAAGAACUGGGCGGACAAGGCUUCAGAACCUGAAUCAAGCAAGAACUCUCACAAGAGAGGCAAGUUUGAGUGUACCACUUGCAAUAAAACCUUCCACUCAUACCAAGCUCUUGGAGGCCAUAGAGCUAGCCACAAGAAGAUCAAGGGAUGCUUUGCUUCGAAAAAUGAGAGCAGCGAAAACAGCAUUGAAACUGAUCUCUCUCCUGAUCCAAUAACAACCGAACACAAGCUCGUGAACAGCACUGACCGUGAGUAUCUUGGGGAACACCAACAGGGUGCCGGUUUUCAUGAUGAGGUGGAAACAGUUACUGAAUCCAAGAAGAGCAAGGGGCACGAGUGCCCAAUUUGCCUCAAAGUUUUUCCAUCAGGCCAAGCCUUGGGUGGCCACAAGAGAUCUCAUAUGACUGGUGGGUCUGAGAGUAGAAACUUUCAAACAGUUGUACUCCAGGAACCAGUGGCAGAAAUCAGGGACUUCCUUGAUCUUAAUCUUCCCGCUGCUACCGAGGAAGAAAGCAAUAGUCAUGCUGACUCUAACAGACCCUGGUGGGUAGUACAAGACAACCACAAGCAGGAGGCACUGGUAGGCCUGAUCUUAUAGCCAAAGGUGACAUAGUGUAUUCCAUCAGUGCUGCUACUUCAGAGUGAAGAUUCAAACUGUAUAGAGAUGUUUCUGCAUUCAUUUCAUUAAUUCUUUACAGGCUAUGCUUCUUCUUCUUCU